AUGCCGUCGCAGCGACUUGCUCCCUCCCUCCCGCCCGUCACGGAAGGAGACGAGGAGGCGCGAUCCGGAGACAUUUCAGACUCGUCGACUCUCAGAGAAGACACGUCGGCCCGCGGCGUGGACGCGUCGACUAGCAAGGGGAGCGAAAGCGGAACAAGAGGCGAGAGGGCGGCGGUGCAGAGCGAGGGCGGAGCCGCAGCGAACCAAAUGUGCCGCGACGACUCGAUGACGUCGACGCCGCGGUCCGAAAAGUCAGAGUGUCGCACGGUGUUCACGCCGAACGAGCUGCUGCAGCUGUGCGACGCGUGGGCUGCGCCAUGGGAGGAUCGUCGCCCUCAUAGCCAAUCAACAUCGCCCGCACCUCGUGCCUCCAACUCUUCAUCGCAACCGUUGGAUCUUCAGCGCGCGCUCUCCUGCGAUCGCGCCUCACUCUCCAGCAUCGGCUUGUCGACCCCAUCCCCUGCGCGCACGGCAAGCGGAAGCGGAAGGAUCUCCGCAUCGCCUGGGCGCGGAAGCGGAGGUAUCACCCCGCAACCGAACGCUUCCCCGGGCCUUCUUCCCCCCCACUCCCCCAUGGUGUUGCGCGAGUGGGAGGAAUUUCUAUUCGUUAAGAAUGCUUCCCCCUCCCCCACCGCUACCUUCCGCCGAUCCCGCCUUGGCGCGGGAUCGGGGGAAUGCGUAAGCGGGUUACAGCUGGACUCGGGCUCCGCGAACAACGGCGGGAUUGGAGGAGGCGAUCCGAACAUUGACCCUGCCCUGCGAAACAUUCGCCUGCCGAUUCACAAGGUCGUUCGCAGCAGCUGGCCGCGAUAUCGCCUGCGACGUCGCGACCAUUUCGGCGUCGCCAUGGAGGGCGUCGCAGAGGGCGACGAGGAGAACGAAGACGACGACUCGUCGCCGUCGUCGUCUGCUGUCGCAGGGGUGCCUGAUCGGAGCGAGAGCGACAGUUCCGCGACAGACGCGCCAGGACUAGAACAAGCCGCGUCGGUGGCGGUUACCAUCUUUUCCGAAGCUGCCAUUGGCUCACAAGCGUCCCACGUGGCAAAAUCCGGAACACUAUCCGUUAGUCAACGACUUGCAGCAAACGGCUCCCCAGCAGCUGGCAACUCCAGGCCCGUGUCGCGUCGCCUAUCCGGGCAGAUGCGGCUCGGGGACGGAGCCAGCGGGAAAUCCGGGUUGAUCGACGGUUCUGCUGGCGAUCGGCGUGGAAAUGAUAGUAGCGAAGGGUUUGUGAAUAUGGCGGAAGGGAUGAUGGCGGGAGGAAACGCGGGGAAAUUGUUUCAGCUGCUGGAGCAAGUGGAUAGGCAUGGGGAUUAUUUCCGUGGUGACGUGGAGGACCCUGAUUUGACGAGCAGCAUGGACCUGGACGAGGAGGCGACGGAUGACGAACCAGGGUUCCUAGCGCGGACUGACGUGGCGCGGCUCGUAACGGACGGCACGGAUACACAGUACCUGCCGCGGCUGAACAAGUACUUCCCCUUCGGCGCGUUCACCAUCUUCCUAAUGAUGCAGUCGCUGGUGGCGGUGGUCGACUCGCCCACCGACAAGCGCGCCAUGUCUGCCACGUCACUCGCCAUCUGCUUCGCCGUCGCGGCGCUCUGCCCAUUCAUCAAGCGCACGGGGCACACCGCGCUCGUUCCUCGGAACAG